UCACCAGCUCGCUCCCAAAUUGCGGUGCCGGUCCUAUAAAAGUAAAGGACUGUGCAAAGUAGCAAGAGAAAUCUGAAGUUUUAACUGAAGAGAAAUAUCUGGAAAAAAAAAGAAACAAAAACCUUCUUUUGCAGCACAGCGAUGGAGCAUACCGAGGUGGUCAAACCAGAAACUCUCGACGACCUGAUAAAAAUCCUGCACAAUGUCUUCGAGAGUGACUGCAUCAAUGUUGAGGAGGUGCAGAAUAUAAUGGAGUCAUAUGAGAGCAAGCCUCAGGAGUGGAUGAAGUAUGCAAAGUUUGACCAAUACAGAUACACAAGGAACUUGGUUGAUGCUGGCAAUGGAAAGUUCAAUCUCAUGAUUCUCUGCUGGGGGGAAGGCCAUGGCAGUAGUAUCCAUGACCACACAGACUCCCACUGCUUCCUGAAGCUGCUGCAGGGUCAGCUGAAAGAGACGCUAUUCCAGUGGCCCGAGAGCAAAUCACAUGGAGAUAUGGUCCAAAAGUCACAAAGAAUUCUUCAGGAAAACAAGGUUGCCUACAUAAAUGACUCCAUUGGUCUGCAUCGUGUGGAAAAUGUGAGCCACACUGAGCCCGCGGUGAGCUUGCACCUGUACAGUCCUCCUUUCGAGACCUGCCAGACAUUUGACCAGCGGACAGGACACAGGAACACUGUCAAGAUGACCUUCUGGAGCAAAUAUGGAGAAAGGACUCCCUUUGAAACCACAGUUUCGCAAGAGAACAACUAAAGGCCACCAACGGAGGCUCCAGAUGAUGAAGACAUUUAAAAGUGACAAUGGUAUAUUGAUUCAAGCGCAAACUGCUGGUGAAGCAAAAAAAAAAUGUGGACCUAUGACUAAGCAGCCCAUUUCAAAAUCAGGAGUGGGCUAGUUCAAAAGGACAACCCAGUAAUUAGAAUGGCUUUAUCGCUGCCCAGUGUGAGCUUGGCAAAUACUGAUGAGCACAGGACGAAUACAUGAAUAGGCUUGGACAUGGAUUGAAUUUGCCUUUUGUUUGCUGGGCCUGAGGAGACCCUUUUCCAAUAACAACAUUCCUGUCUAUCCAUGACCUGUGUAACAACACUGUUGUGAAGUUAUGGCCCAUAGUCAAAGACUAGCGCUUUAGCAUUUCAAAAAGGGGAAAUAUUGCUGUUAUACUGUUUCUCCUAAAUUUUAUAUAUUUUAAGAAAAAAAAAUCUUAAAUCAACAGUUUUGAUCUCAAUGAAAUACUUUUAUAGUUGUAUUUACUGUCGAUUUAUGCCACUUAACACCUGUUGAAAACUGUAAGGUAACAUUGUACAGUCUAACAAAUUUGUAUUUUUUUUUUUUUCUUUUUUUGCAUUUGGAAAAUUAAUUGUAAAGCUUGAGAGCUGUGUUGUUUUUAAGUGUCAUGCUUGUAAUUUAUUUGCAGGGUCUUCUGUUCACUAAAAGAGCCUUUAAGUCGGCUCCUGAAUGUGUUCAUAUUAAAGUUUUGACCAAGAGAGUACUGUAGAGGGGCUACUGUUUUUUUUUUUUUUUUUUUUAUUGUUGGCAGACAAUAUAUUUAGAUUAAACAUUCUCUCUGUAUUUUAGCUUAUUUUGAUUUUAGCUGUAUUUGUUUAGUUUUUAGCUUUACAGCAACCUCUCAUAGCAAUGUCAGCAUGUUUGUUUUGUUUUUUGUUUUUGUGAUGCAGUAAAUGAUGAAUCUGCCCAUAACUGUAGUCCAUUAAACACCAUUACUCUUU